AUGAGAGAGUGUUUAGAGAACACGAAGAUCUACUCGCAAAUAACAACCACUGGCUUCGGAGUCGUUUUCGUUUACCGAGGCUUUUACUGGAGCUGUGUGCAGAGCUGCAGCCCUAAAACACAACACAGCGCAGAGCCAGGGGUUGACCUGCCCACACAGGUGCUGACCACUCUGGGGUUCCUGGCAACAGGGGCUUUCCGGCGGGAACUGGCCGACCAGUCAGGAGUCAUGGUUGGGAACAGGCUGGAGGCUAGCACGGUGCGCGAUGGGUGGAUUCUCGGGGACUGUGGCUACCCCCUGAGAAGGUGGCUGUUGACCACUGUCACCAAGCCCUGCACCGACCAAGAGAAGAGGUACAAUGACCUCCAGUCCCGAACUCGGGCAGUGGUGGAGAGGGCGAUCUGCCUGCUGAAGGGACCCUGGUGCUGGUUGGACAGGUCGGAAGGAGUGCUGCUCUACGACCGGAGAAGAGCCUGUCUAACCACAGUGAUGAAGAUUAACAUGCUGACUUGUGCUCCACUGUGUUUGCUCUGUUUCUGGCUGCUUCCGAUCAGCUCCCAGAAGACCAGCAACCAGGCCAUCCCACUGAGCAUGGUUAAAGACGCUGUGGAUGACAUGUACUUCAGCUGCAGUACAAAGAUGAAACAAGCUGUUAAGGAUCACUACUUUCAAAAUGAGACCAGUGGCAACAGCACAUUUGCAGAUGCCUGGAAAAAAGCAGAGAGUUGCACAAAGAACACCCUAAAGAAAAAAGAAAAAAUAGAUCAGGCAUUAACUAAGGAUCACAUGAAAGCAAUCUGUGUCUAUACAGCAGUUCAUCCAAAGAUUUUUGAUUUCAAUGAAGCCGUCAGGACAAACAGAACAGUCUAUGGCACCUCCUUUCCAUACCACUCCUUACAUUACUGGCUGACAUCUGCUGUACAGAUCCUCAAUAACAAUCAAGAUUGUCAUGUUACUUACCGCAGAACCAAAGCUGCGUUUACUGGCUCUGUCAACCGAACAAUCCGCUUUGGUUCUUUUACCUCCAGCUCAUUAUUUGCAAACUUGACAGACUUUGGUCGCAAGACCUGCUUUAAAAUUAAGACCUGCUUAGGUGCCUACUUGAAAGACUAUUCACAGCUCAGUCAUGAAAAAGAGGUGCUCAUCCCUCCCUAUGAGAUGUUCAAUAUAACUGAAGAAACUAAAGGUGCUGACAAGCUAGCUGACUCUUGA